AUGAGUGCUGGUAUUCCACCUUGGCGUGCCACGGCGGCAGCUCCUACCGCCACGGCUUCUCUGUACUCCAGUCAUGCAACCCCUGCCUAUACCCCUGUUCAAGCACGCCGUAGUAUUACCACUGCCAAAACAACGAUCUCUGCCCCAACACCGGCUUCGUCGCACCAAACAUCUACGGAAACCGCCCCCCGCAAACAACGAGUAGAGUGGCCAGAACCGGUGCGAUUGUACGUACAACGCAGUUUUGCACCUGAAAAUCGGCUCGCUGGAGUCGAGCGAGGCGAGAUGGAAACCAAACUCCGAGCCGUCAUCACCGAAGCGGCCGAGAAUAAUAUGCUCGAUAAGAUCGAUUGGUCCAACUUGCCCCUGCCUCAAGUCAUGGUUCAGAAUGAUCGAAACAAGAUAUUAGCUAGCCCUAGCGUAUCGACUUGGGGCACCUUCGGCACACUUUCACCCAAGAAAUCCAAUAGCAACGGGCUGGAAGACGUGUCGAAGAAGCGGAAGUCGGUGGAGUACCAAGGGGAUGCGAACGGCUGUCCCCCUUGGCGGAAAACUAACAAUCACAAUGCUUUUGAAGAUCGAGUCACCUAUGCCUCAACUGAUAAGCGCCAAAGAAUAGAUUUGAAGAAUACUAGUAAGUCUAAAGCCAAUCUGGAAAUGCGGAGGAAACGCUUCGAAGAGCCUCAGGCUUCUAAUGGUUCCUCCGUGUCGUCCCGCGGCACCUCACCCGUCCCUGCUGCGAACACCGGCCCUGUUGUCGGAACUUGCCAGGAGUUGGAAAAGAACUAUUUCCGCCUGACUGCCGCACCGAAGCCGGAGACCGUGCGGCCCUUGCAUAUUUUGCAUAAGACCUUGGACGUGCUGAAGAAGAAGUGGAAAAAAGACAACAACUAUACAUAUAUUUGUGACCAGUUUAAGUCGUUGCGGCAAGAUCUGACAGUGCAGCAUAUUAAGAACGAAUUUACUGUCAGCGUCUACGAGAUACACGCCCGAAUCGCAUUGGAGAAAGGGGACCUUGGUGAGUAUAAUCAGUGUCAGACUCAGCUUCGCGCACUGUAUGCACAGCAGCUUGGCGGGCAUCCCACAGAAUUCCGGGCAUAUCGUAUUCUCUACUUCAUUCAUACUCGCAACUGGACGGCCAUGAACGAUGCUUUAGCCGAUCUAACCCCAGCAGACAAACGGGAUCCUGCUGUGAAACAUGCCUUGGAUGUACGCUCUGCCCUUGCUCUCGGAAACUACCACCGAUUUUUCCAGUUGUACCUUGAUACCCCGAACAUGGGAGCUUAUCUCAUGGACAUGUUUGUGGAUCGCGAGCGAUUGUCGGCCUUGGCAGCAAUUUGUAAAGCAUACAAACCCGACGUAAAAAUACGAUUUAUCACCGAAGAACUUGGUUUCGAGUCCGAUGAGCAGAGUGCACGCUUCAUUCUGGAUCAUUCCGCUGAGGAUCUGCUUCAGGAGAAGGAGGGGUCUGUGAGACUCGUGACGGGGCCCAGGGCCGGUCAGCUUUUUGAAGCUGCCAAGGCCGACGCUCAUCGGAUCGUCGAUAUCAAGGGCCAGAUCUAA